GCUACCCCACGUACAUGCUCAUAUCCGGAGAGAGACAGACAGAGUAAGAGAGAGAAAGAGAGAGAGAGAAGACUGACUUCCUUCUUUUUUGCUCUGCAGACGCGUGCGUGACCUAUCUGCUCCCGGAUUUCCCUGCAACUUUUUUAUUUUUUCUUGCGAUUUUUAUACUGUUUUCAUCGUCGCAUUCCUCCUUCCUUUGGAAUGAACUGUUUUCCUGCCUGCAUCGUUUCCAUGCCAGCAUGGGAACUGCUGUGUCCAAGAGGAAGAAUUUAAGAAACGAUGCGAUUUCUUCUGUGGCAGCAAAAGUUAGAGCAGCGCGAGCAUUUGGAGAGUACCUGUCCCACACACACCCUGAAAACCGAAACGGAUCAGCUCAUCUUCUGUGUGAAACCUUGGUGGGUCCUGACCCGGAGUCGCCAAGUGACACAUUUGGCCCCAACAACAACAACCACCUCCAUCCCUGUUCUGAAACUAAGGGCUGUGAGGACAAACAGGAGACCAGCCUAGUGACACAGCCACUGGGCUUACUCCAGCCAACCCCAUCUUCUAUCACACUUUCUAACAAGGCACCAGCACGAUUGUCCCUCGAACGCAGCUUCUCAGUGGAGGAAGACCAGCAGAAGUGUGUGGAGUGUACACUGCAGCCUUCACGUGUGUACACCAUCACCACCCAGCACGGUAUGCUGAUGAGCGCCGGCCAGGGCAGCAAGGAGAGCCUCGAACUGGACGUCCUAAAGGAGAAGUCGGGGAGCAGUGGGGUAGGAUCUAGGGGUGGCUCGAUCCAGCCUUCCAAUUCCCCUUCCUCCGCCUCAUCGUCUCCAACCCAGUACCAUCGCGUAAGCAGUGGCCGUGGCACCAGCAGCUGUGGCAGCCACCAUCACAGCAACCAUCACCAUAGUAUGCACCAUCAUGGAAACCACCACCACCACAAUGUCUCGAGCAUGAAUCCACCUUCCAGCAGCGGAGGAAGUAGCGCGGCAAGUGGAAGCAGCAGUAGCAACCAGCAGCCGCAGCUAACCGCUGCAGGCUCUCACUCUCAUCAUGCAUCACACCACCACACCCACCAUCAUCAUCACCUGUCUCAGCCUCCACUGCAGACCUCGGUCAGCGCCCACAACAUUCGUAGCUGGGGCGAAGGUGGAAAAGGGGAGGCGGAGUGUAGCGGGUUGGCUUGUGAGUCGUGCAGUACUGCUCCCUCUCGAAGCCAGGGUUCCCUGGACCUGGAGAGUGCAUCGAGAGAGGCAGGCAAGCAGCACCGACGCCUAGAGCGGAUGUGGAGUGUGGACCGGAUGACUGGGCUGGAGAGAGAGGACACCAACUGGUUCCCCAAGGAAAAUAUGUUCACCUUUCAAACUGCUACAACAACCAUGCAGGCGAUCUCGAACUUCCGGAAGCAUCUUCGGAUGGUGGGCAGCAGAAGGCUUAAAGCACAGACAUUCGCUGAACGUAGAUCGAAGAGUUUCAGCCGUUCCUGGAGUGAUCCCACCCCUGUCAAGAAUGACUCUCCUCAUGAACCCAGAGAGAGUGGAGACCUGCAGACCUCUUGUGGCACUCUGGAUGAAGGAGGUCUUGACGACAAUAUAGACUGGGAGGAGGAAAGGGAGAUGGAGAGGCUGGCAUGUGAGGGAGAUGACUUUAUACCUCCCAAAAUCAUGCUGAUCUCUUCUAAGGUCCCCAAGGCCGAGUACAUUCCCACCAUAAUCCGUAGGGACGACCCCUCCAUCAUUCCCAUCCUCUAUGACCAUGAACAUGCAACUUUUGAUGAUAUUUUGGAGGAAAUAGACAAGAAGCUCACAGCUUACAGGAGAGGAAGCAAGUUCUGGAGGAUGCUCAUCUUUUGUCAAGGAGGCCCUGGUCAUCUGUAUUUACUGAAGAAUAAAGUGGCAACGUUUGCUAAGGUGGAAAAAGAGGAGGACAUGAGCCAAUUCUGGAGGAGACUCAGUCGCUUCAUGAGUAAAGUCAAUCCAGAACCAAACCUGAUCCACAUAAUGGGAUGCUAUGUCCUGGGUAACCCCAAUGGCGAGAAGCUGUUCCAGAAGCUGAAGAAUCUGAUGAGGCCUUAUUCUGUUGAGUUCGAGUCACCGCUGGAGCUGUCUGCACAGGGCAAAGAGAUGAUCGAGGCGUACUUUGACUUCCGCCUCUACCGCCUUUGGAAGACGAGGCAACACUCCAAGCUGUUGGACUAUGAGGAUUUUUUGUGACAAAGACAUCUGGAUCAAUGGUGCAGCGGAGCCCUCCAGUGCCACGAGGAACCUGUUAAAACUGAUCCAGCAUUUGAACAUUGCUCAGCUGUAGUGCUCGGCCCGCCGACUCGACACAAACAGUCAUACCCGCGUUCACCCUUGAGAGGCUGGGAGAAGAGGGAAGGCAAUAGUAGACCAAGGGGCUGAAGAUGAAUUAAAUUAUGCUGUGCCUCCGCUCUUCCUCGUUUUCAAAAAGAAAGGUCACCGACUAACAGGGAAAAAAAGGCCAAAUCAACAUAAAAGGGGGGGGGGAGCGAGAGAGAGCUGGAUUUGUUUGCAUCAUGGCAAACAAAUCUGUCUGCCUCUUGAGUUUGAAAGCAAAAUCCAUAUGUCAAAUGUGUACAAAAGAAAUACCAUUAGAGUCACACUCCUCUGUUGCAAGGACUUCAUUUUUGAAGCUGAUGAUGCGCGUCAGAAAACUUCCUGAAAUUCAUUCUGUCAUACUGUGGUUCUGUGUUUUGACUGGACCUCCCAAAUAAUCUCAGACCCCAGAGUAAAAUACUAAAUAAACCAUACGUUGAUGUGUGUAUAUAUCACAUUAAUAUAUUAGCAUAGCUUCAGUCAUGCAAAUUACUCUAUUACAAGAGAAAUAAUGCAUCAUUUAUUUUUGAUGUGCAUUGUUGUGCAAUUUCAUAUGGAAAUACUUUGGAAUAACUCAGGUUUUAGCCAUGAAGUAAUUAACCUGUUUGUCUAUCAAGAUAUUGUAAUCUUCAUCGCCAUUGCUUGGAAUGAAUGUAUUAUCUCUCCAGAGAUGCGUCUUUGGUUUGAGGAACUAUUCUCAUUGGGGGGAAAGUACAAUGUUCGAACAUCGUGUGGGUGUGUGGGUGUUUUCCUUGUAAAACAAAAAAAACAACAAAACAAAACAAAAAAACA